AUGACUGACUCUCCUCGCAGCUUGCAAGAUCUGUUUGAGGAGCUCGGGAUCCCCCCAAGCGACCAGGCCUUUGUGCUUCGCCUUGUCAAUUCCGAACGCGCCCACCGUGUCAUCCAAUCUUCCACCCUCCAUAAUACAUCUGACAAUCCCGACGGCCCACAACGCAGCAGAUCGAUUCACUACUCAGAGGAGUGGAUUUCUCUCAUCUCUGAAGAUUCGAAUAAUUUGAUCUCCGAAUUAUCCCAACUACCUGUAUCGGACAACGAGGCUCCCAACCCCGGAUUUCACGAUCCAGCUGGUUCAUCAGUCUACGACAGCGACGUAAGUGAUCUCCCUGGUUCCAUAAUUGGCCUCGACCUGAACGCUGGAACCCAAAACAACCUCCCAAUACUCUCGGACCCAUCGGAUUCAAUCCAAACCAUUACUUUUGAGGAAAUACUAGAAUCUUUCCCACGGCCUCCGGCUAGUGACAGCCCGGUCGGAGAUCAGAUUACUCCUGGCACCCACCGUGCCUCUCGACAAGUCAUACCUAUAAACAGUUCCCAGGCUAAUAUAUCUACCCUUGGCAGCAGAGAAUCAAACCACUGCAUUCCUCCUCCUGUCUCACUAUCAUCUUCUGUCAACAGUCGGACUUUCGUUGAAUAUCGUCCCAACUCCUGGCGAAGCUGCUCGUUCAGAGAAGUUUAUCUCCCCAUUGUUCCAUCUCUUAGCACACCAUUGGAGCCCGAGGACUUCCUUCAAUCCCAAGAGCUCGCAAACCGACACAGCGCUUUCCCUCCGCUCGUCCGAUCAGAGCUCGAGCUCGGUAGCGCCACAGUACACCGCCAUCAAUUCAACACUGACUUCAUAGGGCUUCGUACUCGCACGGCCCCUCCGCGACACUACAGACAAUCGCCUCUCCGAGUCUCUUCUCGUACUUCCUUGGUAUCCAUUGCUUCGAAGCCAUUACCCCCUUUGCCGAAGCCCAAGAAGAACUUCAAGGAUAGGCUCAAACUAUUCCUUCCCCAUCUUUUGUGUUAA